AUGGCUUCCUCAGUGCACUUUCCCGAGGAGGAGAACAACAACCACAGCCUGGAGGUCCCAGGUGAUAUUCAAGAGGUCUCCAGUAAUAUCUCCAAGCCAACCAAACGACAAAGAUGGGCUACCACGCGCCAAACAGGCACCGGAGGCGUGCGGAAACGUGUCUCGAUUAUGGAUCGCUUUCACAAACGACACGAGACGAGAGAGGAGAAGCGCAAGUCAAAUAACAGUGCCAGCACAGCUCCUCCUGAUGAGGCGCCAAAGAAUGGCCAGGAGGGCGGAGAGAACCGAACAAUCUAUUUCAACAUUCCGAUUCCCGAAUCCGAACGUGACGAAGAAGGUCAUCUCGAAUUUGCCUACCCCCGAAACAAGAUUCGAACCGCCAAGUAUACCGCAUUAACGUUCGUGCCGAAGAAUAUCUGGCUUCAAUUCCACAAUAUCGCCAACAUCUACUUCUUGUUUGUCAUUAUUCUUAAUUUCUUCUCAAUUUUCGGUGCCAACAACCCUGGACUGAACGCCACUCCCCUGAUCGUUAUCAUCGUCGUAACGGCCAUCAAGGAUGCAAUCGAGGAUUGGGGCCGAACGGUGUCUGAUAAUCAAGUCAACAAUUCACCGGUAUACCGUCUGAUCGAAUGGAACAAUGUCAAUUCCACCGAGGACAACAUUUCGACAUGGCGCCGAGUUAAGAAGGCCUGCACGCGAGGCACGAUCAAAGCCUACAAGUCAAUGGCGAAGCUAUUCGCCAAAAAGAAGCAGGAUGAAGAUGCCGAAGGUGAGGGUGAACAGCGUCGAGAUUCCUUCAUGACAACUGCCACCCAACGAGCGUCGAUAUACUCCAACCGCGACUCUCUGGCAGCCGAUGUUGCUAUUCCGAUGACCGAAGUUCCCUCUCCACAACCCGAAGCUCGCGAAGACUGGGCAACUGCUGCUGAGCACGAAAACAAAUACCUUUCACCUGACACUGCACUCAAGAGUAGCGCAACAGUUGCGUUUACUAACAAGAAAAACGCGAGUGUAUUGGACCACUCUAAGCAAACUCCUGGUAAAGCUCGAUUCAAGCGCGACUAUUGGAAGAGCAUUCAGGUCGGCGACUUCGUUCGAUUGUACAACGAAGAUCCGAUUCCUGCCGAUAUCGUCAUUUUAUCCACUUCAGAUCCCGAUGGAGCUUGCUAUGUUGAGACCAUGGGUCUGGAUGGAGAGACCAACCUGAAGGUUCGCCAAGCCCUUCACUGUGGUCGCCAGGUUCGACAUGCUCGAGACUGUGAAAAGGCCGAGUUCACCAUUGAAAGUGAGGCCCCUCACCCAAAUCUUUACGCCUACAAUGGUGCGAUCCGUUGGGACCAACGGGACCCCAAUUUCCCGGAGGCGCCUCGCAAAGAAAUGGUUGAACCGAUCAGCAUAAACAACAUGCUGCUACGUGGUUGUUCUUUGCGGAGUACUGAAUGGGUUCUCGGCGUGGUGGUUUUCACUGGCGGAGAGAGCAAGAUCAUGCUGAAUUCAGGCGCAACUCCAGCUAAGCGCGCUCGCUUGGCUAAGGAUCUGAACUGGAACGUCAUCUACAACUUUAUAAUUCUAUUCUUGAUGUGUCUCGUCGCAGGUAUUGUCAAUGGUUUAGCUUGGGCAUCCAAUGACGAGUCCUUGAAUUACUUCGAUUUCAAGUCAUACGGAGGGACUCCCCCGGUCACUGGAAUUGUCACUUUCUGGACGGCUAUUAUUUUGUUCCAGAAUCUGGUUCCAAUCUCGCUUUAUAUCUCACUUGAAAUCGUUCGAACCAUCCAGGCGGUCUUCAUUCACAGUGAUCUGUACAUGUUCUAUGAGCCACUGGGUCUAUACUGUGUGCCCAAGUCAUGGAACAUCUCGGACGAUGUGGGUCAAGUGGAAUACAUCUUUUCUGACAAGACUGGAACCUUGACACAAAAUGUCAUGGAAUUCAAGAAGUCUACGAUUAACGGCAUUUCUUACGGCGAAGCCUAUACCGAGGCACAGGUUGGAAUGAGGCGACGUGAAGGUGCCAACGCUGACGAGGAAGCGGCUCAAGCUCGUGAGCAAAUUGCAGCUAAUGGGAAGAAGAUGCUUGCGGGGCUUCGUCGCCUUCAUGAUAAUCCUUACUUGCGUGACGAGAAUUUGACCUUUAUCGCCCCGAACUUCGUCACAGAUUUCGAGGGUCAAUCUGGAGCAGAACAGAAAGCUGCGGUGGAGCAUUUCAUGCUGUCAUUGGCUGUUUGUCAUACCGUCAUUACCGAACAUACUCCUGGUGAUCCCCCUCAGAUCGAGUUCAAAGCUCAGUCACCCGAUGAGGCUGCCCUCGUUAGCACUGCUCGAGACUGUGGCUUUACAGUCCUUGGCCGCUCUGGUGAUGAUUUGCUUCUGAACGUCAUGGGCGAGGAACGUACCUACACCGUCUUGAACACUCUCGAAUUCAAUUCUUCUCGUAAGCGAAUGAGUGCAAUCAUUCGUAUGCCUGACGGUACAAUUCGCCUCUUCUGUAAGGGUGCUGAUAGUAUUAUCUAUUCUCGACUCGCCCGUGGUAAGCAGCAGGACCUUCGACGUCAAACUGCUGAGCACCUGGAAGAAUAUGCCAAGGAGGGUCUGCGUACUCUGUGCGUUGCUGAUCGACUUAUAAGUGAGGAAGAAUAUCAGAUUUGGAACAAAAAGCACGAUCUUGCAGCUGCCGCCAUCACUGACCGUGAAGAAAAGUUAGAGGAGGUUUCGAGUGAGAUUGAGCAAGAACUUAUGCUCAUCGGUGGCACUGCCAUUGAAGAUCGCCUCCAAGACGGAGUUCCAGAUACAAUUCAACUUUUGGCUGAUGCUGGUAUCAAGCUCUGGGUUCUCACUGGCGACAAGGUGGAGACCGCCAUCAACAUUGGCUUCUCAUGUAACCUUCUUAACAACAACAUGGAGCUGAUUGUUCUCAACUUUGGCGAGAACCAAAUGGAACAAGCAGAUCAAGAAAUCGACAAGCAUCUUAGAGAAUUCGGCUUGACUGGUUCUGAUGAGGAGCUCAUUGCUGCCCGUGAAGACCACACCCCACCGGAACCUACCCAUGCCGUCAUUGUUGACGGCGAGACUCUGAAAUUGAUGCUGGAUGAUGAGUUAAAGCAAAAGUUCCUCCUGCUGUGCAAACAAUGCAAGGCUGUUCUAUGCUGUCGUGUCAGUCCUUCCCAGAAAGCCGCAGUCGUCAACAUGGUUCGUCAUGGUCUCAACGUUAUGGCACUUUCUAUUGGUGAUGGUGCCAACGAUGUUGCUAUGAUUCAAGAAGCCGAUGUGGGCGUGGGUAUUGCUGGUGAAGAAGGUCGCCAGGCUGUCAUGUCUUCCGAUUAUGCUAUCGGACAGUUUCGAUUCCUCCAGCGUCUGCUGCUCGUCCACGGUAGAUGGUCUUACCGUCGCUUGGGUGAAUGUACUGCCAACUUCUUCUAUAAGAACUUGGUCUGGACAUUUGCGCUUUUCUGGUACUGUAUUUACAACCAGUUUGAUUGCUCUUACCUUUUCGAUUACACCUACAUUGUUCUGGUCAACUUGGCUUUCACUUCUCUUCCGGUUAUUUUCAUGGGUAUUUUCGACCAAGAUGUUGAUGACAGAGUGUCUCUUGCUGUGCCUCAGCUUUACAUGCGGGGUAUUGAGCGCAAGGAAUGGUCACAGCUCAAGUUCUGGUUGUACAUGGCCGAUGGACUCUACCAGUCUGUCAUUUGUUUCUUCAUGCCGUAUAUGCUUUUCCAGACCGCGAACUUCGCGACUGAAAAUGGACGUGAUAUCGGCGAUCGAUCGCGCAUGGGUGUGUUGGUAGCAAGCUGCGCCGUUUUGGCUAGCAACAUCUACAUCAUGAUGAACACAUACCGAUGGGACUGGUUCACUUGCUUGAUCAACGCCAUAAGCUCUUUGUUGAUUUUCUUCUGGACUGGUGUCUAUACGUCAUUCACUUCUUCUGCGCAGUUUUACAAGUCAGGUUCACAGGUUUACGGUUCCUUCAGUUUCUGGGUAAUUUUGCUUUUGACAGUUAUGGUCGCUUUGCUACCCCGUUUUGCCUACAACGCAAUUCAAAAGGUGUUUUUCCCAUUGGAUGUCGACAUUAUUCGCGAGCAAGUUACCAUGGGAAAGUUUAAGUACCUGGAACAGUUUGAGGAUUAUGUGCCUCCAAACGCGGGAGAAGUUGCCGCUCCUACAACUAGUGACGGGUCAGCCACAUCCUCGGAGUUGGCUAAGCCUAUUCAACCUAUACUGAAACAGGAUCCAGGCAUCCCGGACGAUGAGCGACCCUUCUACCCACCGUCAGUUUCUGUCGCCCACCAUGCAAAUGGCCACAAUCCUCGUAGCCAGAAUGGUAGCAACGGCACCAACUAUACCGCAAGCCUGGAUCAAUAUCCUCGGCCUCAGUCGGUGGAUUAUGUACGACGAUCCCAUGAUCGGACUCGGCAUUCUUUCGAACGGGCUCGACACAGUUUUGAGCAGAGCAAUGAUUUCACCUCAGCCGCCAUGCUCCAACGAAUGGAAUCCAGUCAUCAAUCUGAAGUCGCCCAGGACCCUUUCAAAACGCCCGACGAACUUCCUGGACAUAAUAACAUGAUUUGA